AUGAGCACAAAUUUCAGAGUUCGCCAAAAACAAAAAAACUUCAUGAAGAAUGUCGAUAGGAUUGUCUAUAAUACAUCUCCAAUCCCAAUUCCAGACUCACAAGAUAGAUCUGAUAUUUUGUCUGAUUACAGAAUGAUGAAUAAGAGAUUGAUCAAUCUUUCAAAAUCCUCUGCAAAUAUAUUUUCAUCUCCAAUUCCUGUAAGAACUAGUCAUAUUUCUAGCUCCCAAAUCACAAAUCCACAAAUAGAUGUAUUUGAAAGCCAACCUUUAAUAAGCCCUGUUAAAACAAAAACCUUAAAUUUCCUUUAUUCAGCAAGAGAAAAUGAACUGAAGCAGCCAGACUCUCUACGAGAUCGUACAGUAGUCCAAGAGUUCAGCAGUGAACGACUUUAUCGAGGAGCAAGAGCCGACAGAAAGCAUCGCAGUAACAAAAAUCCUAUAUAUAGAAUCGAGCACCUUGAAGAUGAAGAAAAGUUUAAAGUAAUAAAAUCAGCCUCUGUAGCUCAGGAGCGAAAAGAUUUAGACUCUUUUUUAGAUUCAUUUCGAUUUCUCCAAAAUUUGAAAAUGGACUUGCAGAUGAAUUAUCAAGUUGCUAGGAGCGAAGAAAUCAUGUCUCCUGCCCCUGGGAUUGGGCUCUUUUAUCAGCUUGAAGAAGCCUUAAAAAGCUCUAUAAAUGACCAUCCGAAGGAUUUACUGAAAAUAACAAGAACUGAUUUUCAAGAAAAAUUAGCAGCAUAUACAACACUCAUAAGAGAGCUGAUACGAAGCGAAAAACAAAAGGGGAAUGAUAAUGAAGCAAUAAUGAUUGAAAUGAUGUGAAGACUUGUAACCAAACUCUUUGACCAAGCAAUGAUUGCUCAUGAUUAUACAAUCAAUGAUGCUGCUGAAGGGAUAAAAAUGAAAAUAAGACAAGAAAUUGAUACUCAGAGAGAAGAAAUGAAAAAGCUGGAAAGAAAAUGAGAAGAAAGAGAAGAAAAACUGAAAGAUGAAAUAAAAACUUUGACUGGGCAGCUUAAUAAACUGCACCAAGACUAUGCCAGAGUUGAUAACGCUUUAAUAGAAAAAGAAAUUCAGCUGACUGAACUUAUUGAGUUUGAAAGCAAAGGAAAAACAAUUAAUUCUAUGAAAAAAAUGCUUAAAGGGCUCAAUAAUUAUAUUUCAGAAAGUGAAAUCGAGCAGCUCAAGCAGAUAUCUACUCUUCAAAGCAUAUCAAGAGUGUUAGAAUUAGCUGAAAAGCUAGAUCAAAAGCCAAAAAGUGGAGAUCAAUCAGUUCAAACUUUAUGAAGCUUCAGUGAGCCUGAAGUCCCUGGGGCUCCAACUCCAAAUGACAUAAUUCCAUCCAUUUCAUCAGUUAUAGUGAAGUAA